CUGAGACCAGCCCAGCUGAGCCUUAUAAAGGGACCGGUCUUUGCCCAGAUGCACACACAUCCCACGGGUCCUUCUGCUCAGUGACACCUCGUCAGCUCUGCUUCUUCAAAAGUCAAGAUGAGUCCCAGGAAGGCUGAGAAGUGCGUGAUGGACUUGAUUGACUUGUUUCACAAAUACACGAGCCCCGAUGACACGGUUAAUAAGGAGGGCCUGCAGGAGAUGCUGAAGGAGUAUUUCCCACACUUCCUCAGGGCCUGUGACAAAAUGGGCAAGGAUUACUUGUCAGGUGUCUUUGAGGACAACGACAAGAAUCACGAUAAGAAGAUUCAGUUCUCCGAGUUUCUGUCCGUACUGGGGAGCAUUGCCACAGAUUACCACAAUCACAGCCACGGAGCGGAACUCUGUGCUGGGGACGACGAGUGACCCAGCCAGCCAGACGCCUGGAGAGACCCCACCAAUCAAUAAAGUGCGUUGCC